CAAAAUGAUGAUUCUCGACCUUGUAGUUGUGCGCUGUGGAAUCUUUACUCCGGCGACCUACCAAGUCGUGGCUGAAUAGGAAUGCAAAGCCACAGUGGACUGACAAGCCUAUGGCAAGCCGUUCCCCGAUCCAGCAAGCCACACCACGGGCGUACCAAGCAAUUGGUUAUUGGCCGGAUAUUCCGCACCGCCAAUGACACUAAUCAGACCCGUGACGGCCCGGCCAUGCUCCACUCUCACCGUUGAAUCCUUGCAACUGAAUCAUCCAACUUCUGCCCGACAUGUCACCGCGCCCACUUCGCUUGCUUUCGAUUCCCGCGCCCAUCAACCUUGCACCGGCCACUGGACGAAGCAGACGUUGAUGAACUUUGCACCUAAGCACGAGCAUUGGAUCAGUCCGAUCGCGCCACCACACAGGUUACGCAGCAGACACAUCUUAACAUCGUGUCCCAUCCAAACAGGCGGCGCCCUUUGUACCUGCAAGGGCCCCGUUGAUUGGCCAUAGCCUGACUCUCUGGCAAGUUAGCCAGCCCCUGGCAUUCAGCCCUGGCCUUCGGCAUCUAUUUUAGCGCUUGCGGUCUACAGAUACGCUGCACCACCGUCUCGUGCUUAUCGACUCCGACUUCUCUCCGUCCACACCUCUCAGGCCGCCGCACACUUCCUGCCCCUUCGACGUUCCUUUGGCCUCGUCAACGGGUACCUUAAAUAUGACCGUCCUCGGCACCUAAUCGGGGGCCUGUACUGGUGUCCCUAAUCGGCACAGAGCAUACGUUUCCUCCAACUUAUCUACCCCUACCGUAUUGACUACGUCACCAACAUGUCUGCCAUCAAAUCUCCAAUAGACUCGUUACCGAACGAGCUCCUGAUCGCUGUCCUAUCCACACUCGAGUCUCGCGAUCUGCUCCCAUUGACCCUCGUCGACCGCCGCUUCGAUGCCACAGCAACAACCAUCCUGCAACACCGCCUCCUCCAUACUGUCAAGAUGGAAGGCCACGACAUGGUCCUAGAGAGCUACCAUCCUGUCGCCAAGCAGUCGACGCCGACCAUGACAUGUCGGUUCCUGGGACUCAGUUCCCCGAAUCACACGCGGACCGGUGAACAAGAUAUGGAUCUCCGGGACCUUUCUCAGCUCUACUCGCACUUCCGUCCUGUUGUUUCCGAGGAGACACGGCGCAUGUGGAGGGUUUUUGGUCGACGGCUGCCCGGCGCCCCCAUCGAGCAAGAUAUUGGCGACGAACCAGUCACCCAAGAGCUCAUCCUGGACGAUGGAGAGCUGUUCUCCCAGCUCUGCACCACUACGAGCCUGAUCAAGUCCGGUUCAAUCCCCAGCCUUCUCUCUUGCUACAGUAACAUCACACAUGGCGUGGUGCGCGUGUGGAGGAAUUGGCUGGCCGAGGCAGCCGCCAGCAGUGCCAUCUGCCCGGCUGGUAGGAGUAAUGACAAGAACACAAUCUUGUGGACUGAUGCCGCAAGGACUGUGGGCUUGAAACUUCGAGUCACCGAAGUGACCCUAGAGCGUCUACCGCCUUACCAUGGCUUGGACGAGGAUCCACCUGUCGCGUACUUCCUUCAUUACGAGGAGUUGCUGGUUCGCACAAGCCAUCUCCUACUGGCCAUAGAGAAAUCGGCUUUGCAAGAAGUUGCCAAUUCAGGCAGAGCAACCAUCAUAGCUCCUAUUUAGGGGCCGGUUCUGUGCGCAGCUGAUACCAAGCCAAGAUUUCAAACAUCAAACAAUUAUAAAUUAGGUGACCUGCGCUACUAUACAAUCUUCACUAGCAAGAAUUAGACGUAAAGACCACAACUAUAAAGAGUACAUAAUAAAGAAGGCUGGCUGCUUUAGCCAGCAAUUCUCGUUGUUUGAAACUAAAAUCUAUAGUCCAGCUACUUCUCAGCCUUG